AUGUCCUGGCCCCCAACACAUCCUUCUCGAGGGCGGACCAGCGUUCUCCUCACCUCGCUCCUCUGGUCUGCGUCUCUUUUCGCACCAGCAUUCUCAUCCCCGACAGAUCCAAUUUCCGGCCAACACCUCCUCGGUUCUUCCUUUGGCAUACCAGGUCUCAACGCAAGCUUCGACUACGUCAUCGUGGGCGGAGGAACAGCAGGCCUCGCUGUAGCUAACCGUCUCUCAGCGUCCGGCGAACACAGCGUCGCAGUCAUCGAAGCAGGCGGCUUCUAUGAGCUGGAAAAUGGAAACAACUCGCAGAUCCCGCGUUACGUCUGGGCUGGAGCAGGUCUGGGCUUCGAAGACGUCAAUCCGCUGGUCGACUGGGAGUUUGAAACUGAGCCGGAGGAAGGCAUUGGCGGAAAGAAGAUCCACUACACAAGGGGAAGGACGCUGGGUGGUAGUUCGGCGAGGAAUCACAUGAUCUAUCACCGCGCGACAAAGGGGAGUUAUAAGCUGUGGGCGGAGAACGUGGGCGAUGCGAGUUUUGAGUGGGAGAACUUCUCAAAGUACUAUGACAGGUCGACGACGUUCCAUUCUGCAGAUGCGAGCAAGCGAUGGGCGAACUCGACGCCUCCGCACGAUCCUGCGGGCGAACGAGCAAAGUCCGGUCCAGUGCAGAUUUCGUACGCCAAUUAUGUUUUGCCCUUUACGAGUUGGGCGCUGAAGGCAGCCAAGGCAGUGGGCAUGAAGCCUCUUCCUGGAUAUCUCGACGGAGACCUGAUCGGUUCUGGAUGGUCGUUGCGAACUACUGACCCAAAGACCAUGGUGCGAGACUCGUCUGAAACGGCGUAUCUUAGACCGGCUUUGAAGCGACCAAACUUGAUUAUUUAUAAAUCAACAACGGCGUUGAAUAUUGUUUUCAACGGCACAGAAGCCACUGGAGUUUCUUGCAGUACGCUUGGCAAGAAAUUUGGGCUCACUGCGCGGAAAGAAGUCAUUGUCAGUGCUGGAGCAGUUCAAAGCCCGCAGCUGCUCAUGGUGAGUGGCAUUGGCCCACGACAGACGCUAGAGAAGUUCAGUAUCCCAGUCCUAGUCGAUGCACCGGGAGUAGGACUGGGUCUGGAGGAUCAUCCAAGCAUGGGAGUAACGUAUAAAGUCCGAGUAACUAGCUCAACGGUCCUCAACACGCCGGCGAAGAACCAAGCGGCAACCGAGGAGUUCAUUCGUAAUGGCGCAGGCCCUUUGGCUAGCACGGGCGGCGACGUCCUAGGCUGGGAGAAAGUCCCCCGCCGCCUCGUAUCCAACAGCACCGCAGCAGCCCUGAACAAGGCGCCGUCCGACUGGCCUGAUUUGGAAUACCUCACCCAAUCAUCCUACCCUGGAAUUCCGCCCGAUCAGGAUGACUACGCGGGCAUCACUGCCGUCUUGGUGAAUACUUUUUCAAGAGGCACGAUAUCCAUAUCCUCUGCAUCCAUGCUCGACCCGCCCGUCCUCCACAUCGCAUUCCUGACCGAUCCGCGGGACCAAGAAGUCGCUGUCGCAGCCAUCAAACGAGCAAGAGAGAUCUUUGCCGAUCCGUCUCUUGCACCCGUCGUCGUUGGUGCGGAAGUCGUGCCUGGGAACGGGACGGUGACAGAUGCGCAGAUCCUGGCUUAUAUCCAGAAGAACUCGCGGACGAUAUCGCAUGUUAGCUGUACAUGUAAGAUGGGCAAACGAGAAGACAAGCUGGCUGUGGUGGAUUCCGAAGGAAAAGUGUUCGGUGUCAAGAAGCUACGGGUUGUAGAUUUGAGCGCUGUGCCGUUCUUGCCGCCUGGGCAUCCUGUGGCCACUGUGUACGCGUUAGCAGAGAAGGCUGCUGAGAAGAUCCUGCAGGGUAAAUAG